CCCACCAGUACCACCUCACCCACACUCUCAGCCUCACUCUCUCGCUCUUUCUCAGACACAUUCACUCUCUCCCCCUGUUUAGCUUCACCAAACUCUCACACGCACUCUUCAUUCAAAUCAAAACCUCGGCCAUUUUUGGUUUCGCCCUCCAUUUCAUUUCAGGAUCUCUCUAUUCUCUUUUCUUCUCUUCUCCUCUCGCUCACUCCAUAGAUCCUCCAUUUGUACGUGCUUUUUUUAGGACAUCUCUUUCUGUAUCUGUAUUUGUUUCUUUUGCUAGAUCUUUACCGUGUUUUUUGGAUCUGUAAUUUGUCUUGUUUUCAGCUACCAACAUUCUCUUUCCUAGGGUUUUAUUUAUUUUCUGCUCUUUUGGAACUUGAAGCUGAGGGCAUGUGAUGAUGUCUUCGUGGUAGCUUUUGAUAGUUAUGGAGUGUUUUAUUGUGGCGACGGACUGCGAUGGAGAGGUUUGCCGGCGCCCAGUGGUUCGACGAAACCAGAGGAAGCUACGGUCAGUCCCCGGCGAGGUGCUUGAGCUGGAAAGUGUUGGUUGUUGACAAUGUUCUGUUUGGAUUUCGGUUUAAAACGAGAAGAUGCUUGCUUUAACUCUGCUUAUUCUUCACCUUCUCAGCUUUCUUUCCUCAUGUUUAGGUACUGCUCUCUUUAAGAUUAAUGCCAUUCCAGUUUACGGCAUUUUAUCUGAGGGCAAAGAAGCCUCCAGUUUACUAUGGAUAAACAAUGCCCUUUGUUUGUAUUUAGCCUUUUUGGAGGAUUAGUUUUGGCGUUUUUGGUAUUAAAUAAUUUUUAAGCAGCUAACUUCAGUUCUUGUCUUUCUUGUGUGAACAAUUGGAAAAGAAGCUGUACAUUUUUUUGUCUACUAGCUAAGUUGAAUUUGAAACUGAAACACGUCACCAAAUGGUCAAACGUUUAUUCUUUUUAUUCUUCUUUGUUAUUCUCUCACUAAAUAAUUAGCUUUUUCGGAAACCUUUUGUGAACCGUUGAGUAAUGGAGUACAAUUUGGUCCUUCACCCAAGCUAAGCUAAUUGUAAUUCUCUUUUAUUCAAAGAAAAUUGUAAAACUAGGAUGGCGUUACGGGUUGCAACAGUUUCCCUAUCAUGUUUCAGCAUCUUUACAUGUAUAAUGGCAUUCAUUAUUCCGCAUAUACUUAUCUCCUUCCGCGCAAUCAAAUAAGCCUUUAUCAACUAGAGAAGUCUUAGUUGAACAUGCAGCUAGGGAAAUUUCCAUUAGGAUGUCAUUUGCUCAAUCAAGGCCAAGUCGAACGCAUGUUGUUAAGCCUUUGUUGGGACCUUAUUUGGCACCUACACCAUCCCCUAUCCAUCAAGCCUUCAUUUCAGGUCCUGGUAUUCAUCCAAUUCGAAGGCAUCGUCAUGGUCGUCAUCAUCGUCAUCAUCAUCAUGUGAAGCCUCAUGCUGUCACUCCAUCCCCUCCUGAAAGACAAGGUUGUGAUCAAAUUUGUGUGGAGCCAUUUACUGCUGCUCCCUAUGGUUCAUCUUGCGGUUGUGUGUUUCCUUUGAAAAUCAAGCUUCUUUUGGAUGUAGCUCCUUAUGCUGUUUUUCCAUUGAUGAAGGAGCUUGAGAUUGAAGUUGCAGCUGGAACUUAUUUGCAACAAAGUCAAGUGAAAAUUAUGGGUGCCAGUGCUGAUAGUCAAAAUCAGGGAAAGACAGUUGUAGAAAUUAACUUGGUUCCACUGGGAGAUAAAUUUGAUAAUAUGACUGCUAAUCUGACAUAUGAAAGAUUGUUGCUUAAGAAAGUUCCUUUAAAUGCGACUCUAUUUGGUAAUUAUGAAGUCAUUUAUAUAAGUUAUCCAGGGCUUCCCUCUUCUCCACCAUAUGGCAGUUACAUGGGGAGUGGUCCUAGUGGAAGUGUUGGAGGUCUCCCUAUCAGUGCAAAUUUUGUCAAUAAAAAUCAGAGGAUGAAUCUGAGAACUAUUUGUAUCAUUGCUUUGUCUGCAUUUGUAGUAUUACUGGUGUCCAUUGGAGCAAUCUCCAUCCUUGUAAAGUGGAGGAAGGCUAGAAGGCCAUCAAGUGCUGUGCGUCCAGCAUUUGCAUCAUCUAUAAACAAAAGAUCUGGCAUUGGGUCACUGUUAUCUAGUAGUAUCACUAGUUCGACCUCAGUGUCCCUUGUGUCCCCCAUGGCUACUUGUAUUCUCUCUGUUAAAACAUUCUCACUUUCUGAGCUUGACAAGGCUACUGAGAAAUUCAGUUCAAAGAGGAUUUUGGGGGAAGGAGGGUUUGGACGUGUUUUUCGUGGUACCAUGGAAGAUGGAACAGAAGUUGCAGUUAAGUUGCUUACAAGGAAUAAUCAAAAUGGGGACCGUGAAUUUAUUGCCGAAGUAGAGAUGCUAAGCAGAUUACAUCACUGUAAUCUUGUGAAAUUGAUUGGUAUAUGUAUUGAAGGACGCACACGCUGCCUGGUUUAUGAACUGGUUCACAAUGGCAGCGUUGAAUCCCACUUACAUGGUGUUGACCAAAAAAGAGGGCCUCUUGACUGGGAAGCACGCAUGAAGAUUGCCCUUGGAGCAGCAAGAGGAUUGGCUUAUCUUCAUGAAGAUUCGAACCCUCGUGUGAUCCACAGAGAUUUCAAGGCUAGCAAUGUUUUACUAGAAGAUGACUUUACACCGAAGGUCUCAGAUUUUGGAUUGGCUAGAGAAGCAACCGAAGGCAGUCAUCAUAUUUCUACUCGUGUUAUGGGAACUUUCGGAUAUGUUGCCCCGGAAUAUGCAAUGACGGGUCAUUUACUUGUGAAGAGUGAUGUUUAUAGCUAUGGGGUUGUGCUACUUGAGCUUCUGUCUGGAAGAAAACCCGUGGAUAUGUCCCAACCUCAGGGACAAGAAAAUCUUGUAACUUGGGCACGACCACUACUGACUUGCAGAGAAGGUUUGGAGCAGUUGGUGGAUCCUUCCUUGGCUGGAAGUUAUGACUUUGAUGACAUGGCAAAGGUGGCAGCUAUUGCUUCAAUGUGUGUUCACCCGGAGGUGACCAACCGACCAUUUAUGGGUGAAGUUGUGCAGGCUCUUAAAUUGAUGUAUAAUGAUACAGAUGAAACCUGUGGGGAUUGCUGUAGCCAAAAGGAGUCAUCUGGUCAAGAUUCUGACUUUAAAGGUGAGCUUGCACGUUCAGAUAGUAGUUGGUGGAAUGCUGGUGCACUCACGCCACGAUUAAUAUUCGGACAGGCAUCCUCUUUCGUAACAAUGGAGUACAGUUCUGGCCGUCUUGAAGAUGUGCAAAACAGAGCUUUUUCAGCUUCAAGUGUGGGCGGGGAUGGCUUGUCUUUACCAAUUAGGCAUGGAAAUAGAUCAGGCCCCUUAAGAACAGUCCGAAGUAAAGCAAGCUUCUAUAGAUUAAGAGGGAGCAUGAGUGAACAUGGAGGACUCCUUUCUAGGCAUUUACGGAGCUUUGGAUAUUGGGCUUGAGGUUUCUUUACUGAUUGUUUUUUAUUAUUUUUUAAUUGUACAGUUCUGAAGGACAGGGCAUUUCAGUUAGCGGUCAAUCGGCCUCUGUGAUUCUUGCUAUUUUCAUGUCGGGUCCUUGGCGUCUAAUUUUGAUAGUAUUGAUUCAUUAGUAUACGAAGUUGAGGUGUAAGCUGCGUACUCCUUUUAUUAUAUGCGCCAAUAUUGAUUCUUGGAUGCAUGCUGUAUCAUGACACACCGCUACGGGAAUCAUUUCAACCUUUCGAAA